AUGGAUGACAUAAAUCAAGAGCUUCAUGAUGCAGCAUUGAGGGGUAAAAUCAAAAAGGUAAAAAGACUGCUAAGACAAGGUUCUAACAUAAACCAGACAGACCAAGAUGGAAACACAAGUUUACAUAAUGCGGUGAAGAAAGACCAUAGAACCGUCGCUAAGUAUCUCAUAAAGAAAGGUGCUGAUGUGGAGAAGGCGACUCUAGAUGGAAAAACACCCUUACAUCUUGCUGCCUCACUCGGACUUCUCAAAUCAACGAAAGUUAUGCUCAGUCAUGGAGCUUGUAUGGACGAAAAAGACAAUGACGGCUUCUGUGCAUUAUACAGCGCUGCAAGUAAUGGUCAUUUUGAUGUAGUAAGAUACCUUAUCAGUCAUGGGGCAAAAGUGAAUAAGUGCAAAAAUGAACGCUGGAAUCCUUUAUUAAUUGCAGCAGGAUACGGUUACAUCCGUGUGGUGAAAUAUCUGGUACGUCGAGGAGCUGAGGUAAAUACAAAUGAUGGUAGUGGAUUUUCGGCACUCCACAAUAGUGCAGCAUAUGAUCAUCUGGAUGUCAUCAAAUAUCUCAUCAGAAAAGGAGCUGAUGUAAAUAAGGGAACUAAUGAGGGUAGGACUGCAUUGCACGUUGCUGCUUUCAAUGGUAAUCUUUAUGUCGCCAUACAUCUCAUCAGUAAACGAGCUGAGGAGGGUCAUCUUGAUGUUACCAACUAUCUCAUCAGUAAAGGAGCUGAGGUCAAUAAGGGAAAUAAUGACGGCAUGACUGCAUUACAAAGUGCUGCUCUGGAGGGUCAUCUUGAAGUCACCAACUAUCUCAUCAGUCAAGGAGCUGAGAAUAGCCAUCUUGAUGUUACCAACUAUCUCCUCAGUCGAGGAGCUGAGGUGAAUAAGGGAGAUAAUUGCGGUCGGACUGCAUUACACAUUGCUGCUCAGGAGGGUCAUCUUGAUAUCACCAAAUAUCUCAUCAGUCAAGAAGCUGAGGUGAAUAAGGGAAAUAAUGACGGCAGGACAGCGUUCCAACUUGCUUCUCAGAAUAGCCAUCUUGAUGUUACCAACUAUCUCCUCAGUAAAGGAGCUGAGGUGAAUAAGGGAGAUAAUUGCGGUCGGACUGCAUUAGUGAAUGAGGGAGAUAAUGUCGGUAGGACUGCACUACACAGUGCUUCCCAGAAUGGUCAUGUUGAUGUCACCAAAUAUCUCACCAGUCAAGGAGCCGAGGUGAAUAAGGGAGAUAAUGACGGUAGGACAGCGUUCCAACUUGCUGCUCAGGAUGGUCAUCUUGGUGUCACAAUGUAUUUGCUAACGCAAGGAAUAAAUGUGAAUAUGAGUGACAGAAACGGCUACACCCCUUUGCACAUUGCUGCUAUGAAAGGUGACUUCGAUAUUGUUAAGGUCCUGCUUGAGGAAGGAGCCCUGGUGGAUGUACAGGAUGCCAAUGGACAGAACCCACUGCAUCUAUCUUCAAAGAAAGGAAGUGCCAGCUCUUCCGACAUCUUAGCAAAGCAUGUAGAGAUCUCAGAAGACGUCUAUCAGCACAAGCUUUCCCCAGAGAAGGCUUUGGUCUCAUACCUUCUGGAGCACGGCGCGAAACUGGACAUAAGGGACGGUGAAGGCAAACUACCAGUCCACUAUGCUACCAAUGAAGUUAUCCGACAGAUGAUACUUGCAAGUCAAUCGGAUGAACAGAAAGUGACAGAUGCGAAUAUCCUGAAACUAUCAAGGCUUUUACCGCCUGAUCUGUGGAGCUUUCUAUACGUUGCUCUUGGCAUCGAUUACAGCAUCGCUGAAGGUAUCAGAGAGAGGUCUAGAGAGAUUCCUGAACAGUAUAUAAAGCUCUUUCAAAAAUGGAAAACUGCAUCAACUCGGACUAGAAAGGAUUUAAAUGCGAUCCUCAACCAGGCAGAAGCAGGAGGACUUGUAAACAAGUACUUGGAUUAG